AUGGCUGCAAAACAGCAAAAGUGUAAUAAUUCUUCUGCUUGCGGUUGUUCACAUGGGAUCCCGGGAGUACCUGGUGUACCAGGCUCACCUGGGAAGAAUGGCAUACCUGGUUCGAAAGAGGAUGUAGGUCCUCCAGGACCCGCUGGGAUGAAAGGUGUUUCUGGAGAAAAGUGUGCGCCUGGGUUAAAUAGGUGCCUCCACUCGAACUGGAAACAAUGUACUUGGCAAGGGAGUGACGACAAGGAUAACGGAUUAAUACAGGAUUGCACCUUUAACAAAAAGGCCAACGACUCCUCUCUCAGGGUGUUCUAUGGUGGUAAUCUACGUAUUCACAACUGCAACUAUUGUUGCAAACGUUGGUAUUUCGCAUUUAAUAGUAUUGAAUGCAAGAAUCCCAUGGCUAUUGAUGGUAUUUUUUAUAUGGCGAGGGGAUUGAAAAGAGAUAUUCUACGUCACCGUCAUAUUGAGGGUUACUGCAAUAAACUACCCAAAGGCAAAGUCCGCGUUGGAUUUUGGGUUGGAAAUUGUAAGGGCUACAAAAAUGCUGAUGCUUACUCUGGUUGGAACUCCGUAUCACGCAUUGUCAUUGAAGAGGUUCCACCACCACAAUCUUAA